UUUAUUUAUUUGAUUUGUUUUUAAUCCCUCAAAUUCUAAUUUUUCCUUUAAAUUAAGUCCUCCUCAAUAUUUAGAGAAUAAAAAAAUGACACUUUUUAAAUUAAUCCAAGACUUAAAUUUCUUGUUAUCGGAGCACCCAUCGGUUGUCAACUUCCGGUGGAGCCCGACUGAGUCAUGGGGGUCAACGUGGUCGUUCCUAAUCACAUCAAUCUCCGCCUACAUCGCCGCCGCCGCCGCCCUCCACAUCUUCCUCCGCCUCCUCCGCCGCAAAAACCCCGUCCCCCUCGGCCCGAUCCCAGCCCUACACAGCCUCGCAACGGCCCUCCUCUCCGCCGCCAUCUUCGCCGGAAUGCUCGCCUCCUCCGCCGCCGAAAUCCGCGACACACGGUGGUUCUGGCGGCGGUCGAAAACCCCAUUCCAGUGGCUCCUCUGCUUCCCGCUCGGCACCCGCCCCUCCGGCAGGGUCUUCUUCUGGUCCUACAUAUUCUACCUCUCCCGAUUCCUCCACAUCUCCAGAACCUUCUUCGCGAUCCUCAGAAACCCUAGAAAAUUUCCCCAAUUUCAUCUGAUCAACCACUCGAUCCUCAUCUGCAUCGCCUUCCUCUGGCUCGAAUUCUCCCAAUCGUUUCAGGUCCUGGCGAUCCUGUCGACGGCGCUGGUGUUCGCGGCGGUGCACGGCUACAGAUUCUGCACGGAGAUCGGAAUCCUGCCGGAGAGCUACUCGCCGUCGUUCGUGAUGCUCUGCCGGAUUGUUUUGGUGGUGGCGAAUUUAGGGUGGCAUUUGGGGGUUAUCGUGCUCCAUUUCUGGAAAGGAGGGUGCAAUGGGAUGGGCGCGUGGGGUUUCAACACUGUGCUCAACGGCUUCGUCCUCUUGUUCGUGUUGAACUUUUACGUCAAAAAGUGCUUAUUUUGUGAGAGAGAUUUCGCUGCUGAUUCUGGUGCUGAUGCAACUUCGGAAAUAAGCUAUAAGCUGCUGAAUAAUUCUUCCAAUCGGUUGUGA